UAGAUAAUUAGCACCAUGGAGCCUCAGGUGUCGAAUGGCCCUACUUCCAAUACAACCAAUGGACCCUCCAGCAACAGUAGAAACUGCCCUUCCCCCAUGCAGACGGGGGCUGCCACAGAUGACAGCAAAACCAACCUCAUAGUCAACUAUUUACCCCAGAACAUGACCCAGGAGGAAUUCAGGAGUCUCUUUGGGAGCAUUGGUGAAAUAGAAUCCUGCAAGCUUGUGAGAGACAAAAUCACAGGGCAGAGUUUAGGAUAUGGAUUUGUUAACUACAUUGAUCCAAAGGAUGCAGAGAAAGCCAUUAACACUUUAAAUGGACUCAGACUCCAGACCAAAACCAUAAAGGUGUCGUAUGCCCGUCCAAGUUCAGCAUCAAUCAGAGAUGCUAACUUGUAUGUCAGCGGCCUUCCGAAAACAAUGACCCAGAAGGAAUUAGAGCAGUUAUUCUCACAAUAUGGGCGCAUCAUCACCUCACGGAUUCUGGUUGAUCAAGUCACAGGAGUUUCUCGAGGUGUGGGAUUUAUCCGUUUUGAUAAGAGAAUAGAGGCGGAAGAAGCCAUAAAGGGACUAAAUGGCCAGAAGCCUAGCGGUGCUACAGAACCAAUUACUGUGAAGUUUGCCAAUAACCCCAGCCAGAAAACAAGCCAGGCACUCCUUUCACAGCUGUAUCAAUCUCCCAACAGACGCUACCCUGGACCGCUUCACCACCAGGCUCAGAGAUUCAGGCUGGACAAUUUGCUUAAUAUGGCCUAUGGCGUAAAGAGGUUCUCCCCGAUCACAAUUGAUGGUAUGACGAGCCUUGUCGGAAUGAAUAUACCUGGUCACACUGGAACUGGAUGGUGCAUCUUCGUCUACAACCUGUCUCCCGACUCAGAUGAGAGCGUGCUGUGGCAGCUGUUUGGUCCCUUCGGAGCAGUCAAUAAUGUCAAGGUGAUCCGCGAUUUCAACACCAACAAGUGCAAGGGAUUUGGCUUUGUCACCAUGACCAACUACGACGAAGCUGCCAUGGCGAUUGCCAGCCUUAAUGGAUACCGUUUAGGAGACAGAGUAUUGCAAGUUUCCUUUAAAACCAAUAAAACCCACAAAUCCUGAAUUUCAUAUCCUUACUUACUAAAAUAUAUAUAUAUAAAUAUAUAUACGAACAAAACAAAACAAAAAAAACUCUUCAAGGCUUAUAUUCAACCAUGGACUUUAUAAGCCAGUGUUGCCUAAGUAUUAAAACAUUGGAUAUCCUGUGAGGAACAGGAAAGGAUUUUAUAAUGCUUAGAAAAAAAAAAAACCUUUGAUGCAUUGAAUGUUCUUUCAUAGCUGUCGUUGUUGAAUAUAAUAUACAUAGAUAACAAUGUGCAGGGAUUUUUACCCGGCCAGCUAGUUUUACUACCUUCCUUGAAGGUGGGUCUUUUUAAGAUGACCAUUCACUCAUUUGAAAAAAAUAAGAAAACAAAAACAAUUUUUACAAACUAAUGGGAUUAAAAGCGAGAAAAAAGAUUUUUCUUUUCUUUUCUUCUUUUGAAAACAUUGAUCUAAUCAGAUUGGUAAACCCCCCUGGUAAAUUAAAGAGGAACAAUAAAAAUUGCAAAAAGAAGAACAUAAUUUUGCAACUUUUUUUAUUUUUCCUUUUUUCUUUUAUAUCAUGUGAACUAAACAGUCUUCUGUUAGGGAAUGGGGUAGAGGGGGAUACCUGAUGACAUAACAAUUUAAAUAACAUUAACAAUGUUGCCAAAGAGGUGGUCUCUUUGCUGAAAAUGGGUUUCAAGAAAAAUCUAUUUUUAUAAAAUAUAAAGAAUUUUUACAAGAGAAUCUGGAUUUGAGAAAAAAUAUUUUGACUGGCUAAUUUAGGGGAAAUUGACAACUUUGUCAUGUUCAUACUGCACUGGUAACUUUUUAGAGAUCAAGAUGUGUGUUUUAAACUGGAUUAGUAGAUUGUUUUUUGAAGGAUGGGCUACAAACAGAUGAUCUUCGUAUCUUUUCAUAGCAUGUAAUAAAAAUAUUAAAUACAGUACGGGAGAGUGUUCUUCCCAGGCACGCAGUUACCCACAGUCAAAACCCAAAAGCAAGGAGAUGAGUUGCAAGAUGGUUUUUCUUUAAGUCAUCAGUAUGGGAUAUCAGCAGAACAAAAGUUUAAAAAAAAAAAGAAAAAAAA